GCGCGAGACGAGCCGCAAACAACUCUUCAUCCUCAUCCUCUUCAUCCUCCUCUUCUUCUUCUUCUUCUUCUUCUUCCUCUUCUUCCUCUUCUUCCUUUUCAGAUUAUUAUUGGAUAUUGUACCUAAGCGCGGUGUAUACACACUUACUGUGUGUGCGCGCGCGCGUGCGUGCGUGCGUGUGUGUGUGUUGACGCGCUUUUCACGGCACAUAUAAAGCGUGUGUUUCUUUAAUUAUUCUAUUUAAUACUAUUACUUAUUUUUAAUAAAUAAUGUAUUUCAUUUAUUUAAUUAUUUAUGAAGCUGUAAUUAUCAAAAAGGACUAUUUUUGAGACACGAGUGACGUCAUGAAACAAACAUACAAACUAUCGUGUGUGUGUGUGUGUGUGUGUGUGUGUGUGUGUGAGAUUAUUGUUGUUGUUUCAGUGUGGAUGUAGUGUGACCCCCUGAGCAAUGGCAUCAUUUUCAGAAGCGUCCUGUCCUCAUCUCAGUCUCCCGGUCGAGAUGGACGAGUUGAUGACAUCAUCAUCGCUAAACUUGGCCUGGCCAGUGUGUCAGAAGUGUUCGAUGCACGUUGAUGUCACAUGCCCACGUAACGUUGGAAACAGCGAGUGUGAAGAUGCCUGUUUGAGAGGUCGUGCCUCGGGGUUAAACGUCAACAGACCUGCGUUUACUGUGUCCCCUGAGUUCGGUGCAUCACGUAUCCGUCCCCUCCACAGUCCAUCGGGAAAUGUUGGACGACGCCUCCUGGAGGACGAGCUGAGUGAGGACGUCUCGUCCGUGUUUCCUGGAGCGGGGUACGGAGCCAGACAUCACUGGAACGUUCCGAGUGAAGAUGAGGAGAGUCUGGAGCCGCCUCUUCCUCUGUGCUCCGAUGUGGGGGAGAGUCCGCGGCACCUGCCCCGCCCUGUCCCCGCUCGCUUGCCUCUCUAUGCAGUAGAUCCUCAGUGUCCCAGAUGUCCAGCUCCACCCGUUUACAUGUUACCAUCACACACACACGAACAGCAGAAGCACAUGCAAGCCAGUGUCGGGUCUGCCUGCAGGCCGAUGCCCCUCAAAGCUGCGGUUCCCACCCCCCGUGUGAGAGACUCCCCUGGCGUGAUGACAGAGGCGUGCGUUCUUCCCUCUCAGCCAAUCAGAACGGGACAGGAAGUGAGGCGCACCAUCAGCCUCCCUGACGACUGCCGAACAGUGUUUAUCACGUACUCGGUGGACGUGGCUGAGGAGAUCUUCCCCUUCGUGAGAUUCUUAAUAAAUCAGGGCUUCAGACCUGCUAUUGAUAUAUUUGAUAACGCCGUGCGGCAGAUGGAUGUCAAUAAGUGGAUGGACGGAUAUCUGAAAGAUAAGUCGGUUCUGAUCAUCAUGGUCAUCAGUCCGAAGUACAAGCUGGACAUCGAGGGUGACGGAUCCGACCAACACGGACUGCACACCAAAUACAUACACAGUCAGCUGCAGAACGAGUUUAUUCAGCAGCGCUGCCUGAACUUUAGACUCGUCCCUGUUCUCUUCCCCAACGCUAACCCGAGUCACGUCCCGAUGUGGUUACAGAGCACGCGUGUGUUUCGGUGGCCUCACGACGCUCAGGACCUGCUGCUGCGUUUACUGAGAGAGGAGAGAUACAUCGCUCCACAACUGAGCCGAGACCUCACAAUCAGCAUCAGACCUGUCUGAUACACACACACACACACACACACACACACACAGAGACACACACACACACACUCAGCAUUAGAAUCUGUCCGAUAUAUACACACACACACACACACACACACAC